GAACGUUGCGAGCGUCGUUGCAGCGGCAGCAACAUAACUAAAUGCCGACGAUUUGUUGUUAGUUGGGAAAAUUUGAGAGCGCAGUUGAAAAGAGCAACAACGGUAGCAGCAAUGGCAACGAGGAUGCCAAUAGUAGUCGUAGUUGCACACACAAUAAUGUACUUUUUUGACAUUUGCGUUAUUUCGUGACACACAAAUCAAUUUCGUCGUCGUUGUCGUUCGGUGGUGUGUUACGUGAAUUUUUCCAAGCGAAACGAUUUUAUGAAAAGCAGAUAUUGUAGUGAAAAUUUAGCUUUAGUGCAGUCUAAUAAUGCUAGUCAAUUGUUAAUUUAUAAGUAUGGAAUUCAUUAUUGAAAAAGCUAUAGACGUUUGUUCACUUUUAUACGGAUUUAGGCACAUGUUCUGCUUAAAUGCGAGGUGCCUACGGUGAAAUUGGUGAAAAAGUGUUAAAGCGUUGAUGGCAAUAGUGACACAAUUUUCACGCACACAUGUGUACACACAUAGCAAUGCAAAGUGUUAUGCGAAAACCGGACGGUUUUUGUGGGUCUCCAUCGACCGCUAGCGGAAGUCGGAAGCGGAAGUCGCUUGGAAAUUAGUGUUUCGCGUAUGCCUUGGAGUUGUUUCGGUUGGGGAAUUGGCUGAAAAAUGCCACUAAAGAUGGCGAUGUAGAGAAAAUGCAUGACGAUGUCAAACGAUAGACAAAUGAAAAAUAUCAGCAUAAAAGAAGACUAAUCUUCCAAAAAGCUAAACAUUAACGAACACGCUACGGAAUUUAAUACUACAACGAAAUUUCAGCAAAAUAUACUGAAAGCUUAAUACCGAGUUUAAAAAAAAUUAUGUAUAAAAAAUUAAACAGAAAAAUUCUGCUUUGAACAAAAGUAUAACAAAAAAAUUAAAUUAAAGAAGUAAAACUCAGCGCUGGAAGAAAAUAAUACCAGUGCGAAACGAAAGAAUUACUUUAUAUUCAUACAAAUAAGUUAAAAAUCUUAAAAGCUUAAAUUUUUAAUCAUUGGUGCAAAAAAACGUAAGCAAAGUUAAAAAAAAAAAAGAACUGAAUAAUAUCAAAACAGCAAAACAACGCUAACAGUGCAUAACAAAAGUGUUCACUCAUUACUUAUAUCGCUAUUUCAUUACUUGUGGAUUUAAAAUACAAAAAAUACCAAAUUAAAAAAAAUUUAUAUAGAAAAUUAAUGCAAAAAGUGUAAAAUAUUAAAUUAUAUUUAAAAUUUAUAAAUAUAAAACCUAAAAUUAAUAAACAUGACACUUACUUUACUAUAAAAUAUAAUAAAAAAAAUAUAAUUUAAAAAAAAUUAUAAUAAUUGCGCAAUAUUAAACGAAAAUAUUUUUGCAAAAAAAUUAUUUUUUUGAAAAAAAAAACUAAAGAAUACACACGCUAUAUAAAUAUACCGAUAAUAAAUAUUUAGAGAAAAAAAUAACGAGCUAAUUAAAAUAUUUAAGAAAAACAUAUACACAAAAUCAAUUAUAACGAAAAUAUAUACAUUUUUUCGAGAACUUCAUCAAUGGUCGCUUGUGGUUGUAAAGCGUAGCCGAAUGCGAAUCUUAAUUACAUGCAAAAUAAAUGGGUACAAUGAGGCCAAAUAAAUACGAUGUUACCACAGCUUACGGUCUAUGCCAAGAUUAUUUACCUCCUGAUGGUGGUGAUUUCGGGUGCAUUAUGUACAGUAGAAGAUUAUGUAAUAAUGUCACAGUGUGCACACAACAAAGCCAUACAUGUAGCUGCGGAAGGAACAGUCUCAGUGACAGACAUUUCACAGACACAAAAUAUAACGAUAGUCGGCCUCCCGGACUAUGUGAACAACAAUCUCAAAAUAGCACUGUACGCAAAAGAAACACAACGGUAUCUGUGUUUCAACGAUCAGUGGAAACUAGUUGGAAUGAAAGAACUGCGCGACACCUGCUACUUCAACGAAACCAUCGUACACGGUUAUUUCGUGUUUCGUUCCGUAGUCGAUCUGCAGCGACGUGUCGGCUUCACGCACCGAGGUAAGGCGGUCGGGCCGAAGAAGAAUGUCAACGACGCCUGUUAUCUGUUCACGAAGAUACAGGCCGAUCAGUUUUUCCAUCAGCACACCGAUUAUUUUGCACCGAAAUCGAAGAGCACCAAAAUCAUCAGCGGCAUUGGCGCCGCACCGCAAACAACCACAGCCACACACACAACAUCAGGAGCCUCGGCGCGUUUGUCGUCACAGCGAACAGCGCUCUCAGCCGCCGCUACAACGGCGACUGUCACGGCAACGGCGGCGCAACGCAAUUACAACAGCAACAACAGGCUAUUGCGUACCAACAACAAGAAUAAGCGAGUGAAUGGCGGGCGCAGCAGCAAUAGCAACAACAAUAGGAACAGUAACAAUAACCAAAAUGAAGAGUACACUAAUGGCCAUAGUAGCAAUUUAAGCAGCAGCAGCAACAAUAAUAACAACAGCAAUCAGAGCAGUAAUAAUAACCACAAUAACAGCAGUAAUUUAGUUAGCAAUAGUCAGCAGCAAGUAGAUUUAAGUCAGCAAAAGCAACACCACAACAGUAAUGGCCGCACGCGCGAACACGUGCGUCAGCAACAGCAACAACAGCAGCAUCAAGUGCGGCAUCAUCACAACGAUCCUAAUUUGAUAGCACGUCGCCAGCACCACGAGCACAAACAGAAACGGCGACAACAUCAGCGACAGCAGCAGCGACUGCGCAGCGGCAAAUUAACUAGUCCAGCAACAACAACGGUAGCGCAAGAACGCGCCUCAGCGACAACAACAACGAAAGCAGUUUAUAGCACGACAGCAACAGGCGCAGCAGCGCGCAGCAGCAGUCAGCAUGACAAAGGCGCGCAACAUGAACCGCAACCGGCGACUGUUGCCAAUGUCGCGGCUAAAGCUGCAACGGCAACUGCAAUAAUUAUGAAGUCAACUACAACUAUUGCCAAUAAGCGCAAGGGCCGACGAAGAAAGGGGCGUAAGCAACGAAAGCAGCAACAACAACAGCGCGCACAGCAACAAAUGUUGCCGCUUAUAGCGCGUGUACCCACAAAGGCCGCCGACACACCAACGCAAACCACAUGGCUGUGGAGCGAUUCGCCUACGCCACCGCUCUCCUCGCUGUCAACGCAAAUGCUAGCCGAUGUGCCGAGCAGCAUAUCUCCUGCCACAACAUUUGGCGACUACAGCGGCGAAUGGCAGUCCUCUGUGACAACACACGUCGACGCGACGUCCGUAGAUACCGCAGCGCCUUCAUCUUUCACAACAACUCUGUCGUCGCUGGCAUGGGGCACACCUACACAAAUAUACUUGGACUCAACGACCGACCUGAGCGAUGGCGCGUCGUCGCUCACGCCAACAAGCGAUUACAACAACAACACCGAUUUCUCGAUCGAAGAGUCGCUGAACGCUACGUUUGUUACUGAAAUCGAUGAUAGCAGCAUGACGCCGGAGUCUACAAUGGACGUAGACGAACAAUUAAGCAGUAUUACUUCCCAACAACAACACUUUACAACAAAAAAUGUGGCAACACCAGUCUCAACAGCGGAAACCAUCAGGCCUACAUCAACCACGUGGUCAGAGAGUAGUGAACAGAAUUGGUCAUCAACCACACCAACUAAUGACACUGAUGACGUUGAAACAGUGUUCCCCUCCCCCACAGCAAUAGUCGAUACUGAAACCGUUGCAGCCACAGCAAUUUUCUCAGAGGAUGUCAAUGCGACAGAGGAGACGCAAACUGUUUCUGAGGACGCAGAUUUAUUUGCAACAAUCAACUCUACCUCCAGUGAAAUUGAAGCGGAAAGUAGCAGCAACACCUAUCACGACGAUGGCAUCACCGAAGCACUGGCAGAAGUUGGUGGCACACAGAGUACAACAACUGCACACCAAAAAGUGUAUGACUUACCGGCUGAGCGUGGCAAUAUCGGCCACAUGUGGAAAAAGCAGUCCGGCAUCGCUGCAAGCAUAGCCACACUGCUGCACCAACAAUUGCUGGCAACUAGUGCCAGCAACGGCAACGUAUACGCUUGGCGGCCGGAGCGUGGUGAAGAAUACUCAGAUGAAAUAAUCGUGGCUACCGGACGACCAGUCGCCGCAGAGCUCGACACGUCAACCGAUAUUGCUUCAGGCGAUCGUGCAACAUGGUGGCAACAUCAUAUGAAUCACAGCGGUACGAACUUUUGGGACAAAGGCAUUGGUGAUGAGGUGCCGAGCAGCGACGACGAUGCCGAUUUAGACUGGCUGAAGCACAUCACCAAACAACGAAAUUCAAGCAAGCGCAGACAUAACCACCGCAAAACCAACAACAACAGCAGCAAAGAUGUUGAGGCCGUGUCCCAGCAACCUUUGCAAGCGUUGUUGACGAGCGAUUCUAGCCUUAGUUUUAGCAAAAAAUAUGUGGCGGAAGGAAAAUUACAACGACAAAGCAGCAAAGCGCUUAGCGGAAGCAAUAAAUUGCUAGCAGCAACAACAACAGCGCACGAGUACAGCAGCACAAUGGCAACAUCGCGCACCAACAGUGCAACAACACAUACCGAAGGUGUUAUUAAUCCCACAACUACAACCACAACAAUGAAUAAUAAAGCAUUGGCAACAACAACGACAACACAACACCUUUACCCACUUCAGCAAUUGCUUGGCAACAAAACGAUUUUGCCGCUAUAUAAUCCACCGUCGUUGGUGCAUUUUGAUGGCAAUAGCAAUCACUUGGCGCACACACAUACACCCACAGCAAGCACGCUUAUCACAUCCACUUCCGCCGCUGCACCAACUUCAACGACUGUAACCGGUGACGCGACAACCGUCGUCGCUCCGUUAACCACCAAAAAGUCGAUACGCAUCUCAACGCAAAAGUUGCUGGCCACGCCCUUCCAUCAGCUAACCUAUGUGCGCAACAACGCCGGCGACAUUGAUAUCGACAACAUUGACAACAUCAGCGUCUAUCCGGAUCUGCUGGAGGAAUCUGGCGAACUGGCGGAACAGCGCUCGACGGAGCGCGCGGAAACCGACGCAACACGCAAUAGUAGGCUGACAAUCGUUAGCGGUUAUCUGCCCACUUCGGCGACAGCGACGCUACCCGAGUCGAUACGACUUGCUAAGGUGAAGAUAAAUAAAGAAAGAAAGCGUAUGAUGAGCCUAAGAAAAAGGCAUAGCAGGCGACACGCGUAGUCGUGAUUUGAGAAAAAUCUAAUGAGAAUUUAGAAAUGGUUAUUUCUGAAAUGCUUCAACUUAACCAAAAGCUUUCGAAGUAGCGCUUUAAAAACCAAAAAUGCCUAACACUCUAAAAGCUUUGCAAAAUUUCUCGCCAGGUACACGGCGCAACCCAAUAUCAUUUUUAAUUGACUGUAAAAGCACAAAACAUGUAAGCUUUUUAGUAAAGCUUUUCAAAAUUUUUCACCAAAGUAUUGGAAUUUCUAAAAAUUUCACAGUGAAGUCAUAGUCAUGUGGUGUAAAAAAUUUGCAAAUUUUUCCAAAACGCUUAUUUUACAUUAGCAAACCGAAGCAGGCAGUGAAAGCUUAAAACGAUAUAUGAAAGCUUAUAAACAAAAGCUUGUGCUUGUACAGCUUUCUCAUAAUAAAAAGCAGGCUUGUUUGUGCGCUCAUCAGCAAUGAAGCAAAAACAAUUUAAUCUUAAAAAUAGUUGCGGUUUAAGAUUUGUACUGAAAUAUAAAUUGAGCAAAAAUAACUCAGAACUUACUAACAUAUUGUAUUGUGUUGCAUAACUAUUAUAUCUUAUAGAUAUUAGAAAUACACAGUUUUUUAGCGAAAUUGGUAGACACAGCGUUGACAUACGAAUAAAUUUAAUAUUUCACAGCGAAAAAACCACAAAUUCACCAAACACCGAACACGAAGCAGAGCCGAAUUCAUGCAAACACGACUUGCACGACCGCUGCGUACACUCAUACGAAAAAAUGCACGUUUUUGAACACCGCAAACAAUUUCGUACGCAUUACUGUGUUGCAUAACAUAGCGAAUGACCGUUGAUAACUCUAAACACUGAAUAGUUAAAUAGACAAUGUUUAAUGCAUAUUUUGUUGCAGAUAAUUAAAAACAAAUGAGACAAUAAACAGCUGGCAUAUGUAGUUUAUGGUUAAAAAAAAAGAGGUAACGAAGCAAAGUGAAGCAGAUGACGCCAGUACAGAUGUGAAGGCUCGAAAAAAUACAUAUAGAUGCAAAAUUCUACUUUUGAAAAUAAACAAAAAAAAAUAAGCAAAUAAAUAAAUCGUAGAGCAAACAAUUUUUGACAGAAAUUAUUAUUAAAGCGUUAAAUGUGCUUUUUGAUAUGUGCAGAAAGAUAACUAUACGUAUAUAAGUGAAUAAAUAUAGUAACAGAAGAAUUAGUAUCUAAUAAAUGUUUGAAAUUUGCACGAUUGAGCCUUGGCGAAGCGAAACAAAAAUUAAUCAAAAUAUAUAAAACUAAACUACAGCAAAAAAAAGCAGUAAUUUCAACUGAGAAACGAACGUUUUAUCAACUAAAUCGCACACAGUAACACUUCCAAACCAAAAUAACAAGAAAAAUAUAUAUACAAAAGAGCAUAGAAAAACAAUUUCAAAAAUAAAAUAUAAAAAUCAUAUUCAAUUAUUUGCAAAUUUAACUCUACCAAAAUUGUGAAAUAUACCUUUGCGAAAACGGUAAAUGCUUGGGUUAAAAUAUAAAAGCCUAAAUUUACUAAGCGAGCAUUAUUUAUUUGAAAACAGUGGUAAAAUAUACAAGAAUUGAAGCUAAAAAUGCAAAAAAAAAAAAAA